AGAGUCCCACUUCCUCAGCUCAAACACCAUCGAUCAAGUUAUUUUAAACUUCUCUCUCUCUUCCCUUAAAAAAAGCACAUUACUUUGCCUCCAAUUCCGUUCAAUUUUCUCGCUCAAAUACCGAUUAUUCUUUAUACAAUACCAUAUGGCAAACCAGGGAAAACACCAACAGAAUAACGAUUCUGAAUUCCAAACUCACUCUCAAAUUGAGGUUCCAUUGCCUCUCAACGUAACUUCUCGGGAUUUGUAUAUGUUGGAAGAUAUCACUGCAGGGCCUGCGUUUAGGUUCACGCAAUGGCUCCAAUUGGUUCGUAAACGCACUUCCAAGUAUCGUUCCUCUGGCUUCCCUCACCGUCUUUCAACCACUAUGUCUUCUAAUUCUAGCGUCAGAGAAUCGAUUGAGGAUCCAAAAUGUGAUAUGUGCCCUGAUCAAACAGAAAUUAGUCUUUGGGAGAGGCUUGGGAAAGCUGCAAUGUUGGAUAUCGAAUCAAGCUCCUUUUCUUGGGAUGGGCUCUCUUCACUGCACCAUACGGAACACAGCAGUAGCAAUGAGCAUUCUGAGGAUGAAAUGAACAAAGCUCUUGAGGUAACCGUGAAUUCUGGAGGUGUUGUUUUUUUUGCCUUUUUCAAUUGUCAAGAAAGUGCCGAUGCUUUGCCGAAUGAGGCAGCAGCUGUUAUAAAAAUAUCGUCGUCAAGAAUGGCAACACAGUCUGAACGCCUUGGAUAUGAAUUUGCUAAGUGGCUCGGAAUCCAAACUCCUCAGGCUAGAGUCGUUCACAAUACCAGUUCAGAAUGGCAACAAAUAAAGGAAGCUACAGAAAAAGCUAGAGAAGCGGCGGCAAAUUCUGAGAAUGAUGAAAUUGGUGAAGUGACAUGUUUUGAACUUUUGGAAGCUCUCGAGCUAAGCCGAUGUUUGUUUUUAAUGAGUUAUGUGCAUGGUUCGCCUUUGCUUGAAAAUUCUAGUGUCUUUGAAUCAAAGGAAUCUGCAGAAAAAACAUCAGAAGCUCUUGGCAGGGUACUGUUGCUGGACUUAGUCAUCCGAAAUGAAGAUAGGCUCCCUUGCCGUGAGCUUAGGUGGCGUGGGAAUGCUGCAAAUUUAUUGUUGGCUGAAAAGAUGAUCUCUGCAAAUACAAAUACACUAGAAGCAGCUUUGGAUUCUGCAAUUAAUCUAUAUAGACCGAAUGUGAUUAGGGCACUUCAAAAAGAAAGAAGGUCAAGUUCAGUAGAUAGCAGAUUGAAUUCCCAAAAUCAUGGCUUGAUAUCACAAGACUCCGAUCUUUCAGAGGUCACAGAAUCACCAAGAUCCGUUGAUAUGAACCUUAAAAGUCAAACAUCAGAAGAAUUAAUGUCUUCUGACCUUAACAUUGUAGUCAUUGAUUCUGGUGUUCCUCGGCGACCCCCUGCCGGAAAACGUGCAAACGAUCAGGUUAAUUAUCCUAAGUUGAUUGAGUUGCUAAUCAAUAGUUCUGAGUAUGCAUCAAACCUGUUAAAUGAUAUAACUGGAGGGAAAUUAGGAUGUCCUCUACCAGAAGACAUGGAUACAACUGAUAUACAUGCAAGUGACAUGAUAUCGGUAGUUCAUGCAUUUCGUAAUGGUUUCCGAGCUGCUCUUAGGGACCUACAAGGAUUCCAUAUAUUCCUAUUCACCCUUCACCAAAGGCUUGAUACUUUGCUACGAUCAUUUAUGAACAUUAUAAGCAAAAUAUCUUCCGCAGAAUCUGACAGAGAGGACUCAUCGGUUCCUGACUCACCUUCACUGGCUGCUACUGGUUGUUGUUCCUCUCCAACAAGUAAAGAGAGGCAUGUUAAUGAUAACAAUCAAGAUUUUACUGAUUCAGAACCACAUAGAACUACUUCAAGGCAAUUGUCUUCAAGUAAUAGAGAUUGUAGUGACUCGACUUCUGUGACAAGAGAAAGUUGGCAUGGAAAGUUUUGUAAAGGAAAUGGGGAGACACUUCGUAAUCUCCGUUUGACAGCUAAGCUCCGUGACUUUAAUAAAUUUGCCAAGGUUGAUGCUGAAUGUCAUAAAGAAUUGGAACAAUGGAAUGAAAUGCUUAAAAAUGAUGCCGUCAAGUUAUGCCAGGAGAACAAUUUCAAUUCAGGAUUUUUUGAGGGUAGUGACAAUAACAGCGUCGUUGAUGCAUAUGAACUGAAGGUCAGACUUGAGCAUAUACUUGAGAGAAUUGCAUUGAUAUCUGAUGCUGCAAGUACAGAGAGACCGUCUGCCGUUACAAGCUGUUUGUUCAUUGGUGGGGCAUUGGUUGCAAGAUCUGUAUACACUCUGCAAUACUUGGGAAUCAAACAUAUUUUGUGUUUGUGUACAAAUGAAAUUGGACAAUCUGAAACUCAAUAUCCUGAUCUAUUUGAAUACAAAAAUUUCUCCGUCUGCGACAGUGAAGAUUUUAACAUCACCACUGUAUUUGAAGAAGCGUGUGAUUUCAUAGAUUAUGUUGAACAAAAAGGUCAGAAAAUUUUAGUCCAUUGCUUUGAAGGGAAAAGCAGAAGUGCUACAUUGGUCCUUGCCUACCUAAUGCUCAGAAAGAAGUAUACUUUAUCAAAAGCUUGGCAAACUCUGAAACGAGUUCACCGUCGAGCACAUCCAAAUGAUGGUUUUGCAAAGAUUUUACAGGAACUGGAUCAGAAACUACAUGGGAAGGUUUCAAUGGAGUGGCAGCAGCGGAAACCGACCAUGAAAGUCUGUCUGAUAUGCGGGAAAAAUGCUGGACUGAGCAGUAGCUCACUUAAACUACACCUGCAGAAAUCACAUAGAAAGUUAUCAUCUGGUAGUGUGGAUAGUGCCAUGACAAUGGAAAUCCAAAAAGCAUUAACAGCUUUGAAGAUUAGCCGUGGUGGCAGUGUUAGUCCCACACAAAGGUCGUCUCAUUCAAUAAUGGAUCAAUAGAAACUACUAAUUGCUGUUAUUAAGAAGCUAAUAAGCUCGGAUUGUGUGCCUUUAAUUGUGUUUUCCUUAUAGUUUUUCUUUUGUGAAUUGUAAGUAAAACACACUCCCUCCCUUAUAAACAAGAAGUGCUUGUAUAUAGACUUAAAUACAAGAUCAAAUACAUGUUUUUCAUAUAUAGUUUUGGAA